AUGACAGAGGGAAAUACUGAGCCUGCAAAAGACUACAAUGAUUACUACCUCAACUACAACAGUUCCCAAGAUGAUGCCUUACCAUGCAACAAUGGCAACACAAAGGCCUUCAGCGAGGUUUUCCUUCCCACCCUGUAUAGCAUCGUUUUCAUUCUCGGUUUCAUCGGAAAUGGUCUGGUAGUGUGGGUCCUGAUCAGAUACCGCCAAAAAUCCAACAUGACAGAUGUGUGCCUCUUCAACCUAGCCCUAUCUGACCUACUCUUUCUUGUGUCACUCCCUUUUUGGGCUCACAGUACCAUGAACGAGUGGAUUUUUGGCAAAUUCAUGUGUCAUACCAUAACAGGUCUCUUCACGUUGGGUCUGUACGGUAGCAUCUUCUUCAUGGUCCUUAUGACACUGGAUCGCUAUGUUGUCAUCGUCCAUGCCCAUAGUAUCUUUUCCAGAAAUCGUUCUGUAAAAAUGGGUGUGAUUCUGGCCUCAUUUGUAUGGAUUCUCAGUCUGUUUGCAUCCCUCCCUAAUAUUAUUUUUGCCAACGACAAUAAGGAAGGCAACAAAACUUCAUGCGGAACUGAUUUUUCUCAAAAUACAGCCUGGAUAUCAUUUACUUAUCUUAAUAUGAACUUCCUGAGCUUGAUUUUCCCUCUGAUUAUUAUGGGAUUUUGCUAUUCCCGGAUCAUCCCUAUUCUAAUCAGCAUCAAAUCACAAAAAAGGCACAAAGUCAUUAGACUAAUCCUGGCUGUGGUGGCAGUUUAUUUUCUCUUCUGGACUCCCUACAACAUUGUCAUGUUUCUUACGUUCCUGCAGAAGCAACAUUUCCUGCUUUCUUGUGAGUUGCAUACUAGUUUAAGCCUUGCCAUGCAGUGGGUGGAAACAAUCGCCUUAAGCCACUGUUGCCUUAACCCUAUCAUCUAUGCCUUUGCUGGACAGAAGUUCAGGAGAGCAGUUCUUAAAGUCCUAAAAGAGCAGUUUCCAUUGUGCUUCAGCCAGUGCACCACUUUGUCUCGACAGUUAUCUGAACGCAGAAGUUCAGUCUUCAGCAAAUCUACUGAAUAUUCCUCCACGCAGAUUGCAUAGAGAAAACAUAUUCCCUCAGUUGUUUUCAUUCUGAGUAGCUUACUUUUAUAUAUAUAUAUAUAUAUAUAUAUAUAUAUAUAUAUAUAUAUAUAUAUAUAUAUAUAUAUAUAUACAUUUUUUUUUACUAUCCCUAAGUUCCCCUUUUUAAUGAAUGUAUAUUGCGUUCUUGAAAGUUGUCUGUUCUGUUUCUUUUUUUUUUUUUUUACAAUUUUGUUAACAAUAAUGAUAUAUGUUAAGUAGGAGAACGCAGAAGUUGAAGCUGUUGCAAAUGUGCUCCUCUUUGUGCAUGUAUAUUGCUCAUAUAUAUUAUAG